GUUUGCAUAAAUUACUGUCCAAAACAUUAGCAACGGUCGAAUAUAGAAUUCCAAUUUAAAGCUCAUCCCUCAUUUGAGUUAUCCCUUGAGAAUUGAAAGGAAAAUGGAUUUUGUUGAGGAGAUUCACUGUGUUGAAUCCGACGCCGAGACCUACGACUUGGACGAUACGCAAAAUGAUCCAGAUUUCGACAUGCUUGAAGAUACAAAAUUGCAGUUUUCUAACAUCUCCAUCAGCAAGAAAACCAAGCCCAGGGUAUGUAUUUCCAAUGAGAGUGAUGGAGAAGAGGCAGGCUCCAUUGAAAUCGAUGAGACUGAGCUUGAUGAGAAUGAUCAGAAGAGUUACGAGAAAGUUCAGAGCAUGAUUCAAGCUGGCGAGGUUGAAAAGCUAAAAGUUGAUCAAUGCAAGAUCUAUUUAAGAAAGCACAAAUUAAGAUUGACUGGAAACAAAGCUACCCUUAUUCAACGUAUCAAGGAGCAUAUUGAUAUUGUGAAUGGAGGUGGGGAGAAGAAGUACCCUGUAUCUAGCUUUGUAUUGAACUGCAAAGGUGAUGCAUGUACGGGAGAUGUUGUCUUCUUUGAACAAAAUGUAUAUGAAAUGUUCAGCAUUGCAUCUAGAAGUGCUAAUGGUCCUCCAUGCGGCACAAGGAUUGUAGCAGGAAGAAUUGUAAAAGAGAGCUAUGGAAUGGCCAAACAACAGCACACAUUCACUAUUGAAGUACUAUGGAGCAAAGGGGAGAAGCCGCUUCCUGCAUUGCAUCCCCUCCUCAUUAAGGGAAGAAACCUUUAUCGCUUAAAAACAAUGAGACAGAGAUGGGAAGAUGAAGGAGUAAGGCAGAAGAUUUUGUCAGAAAAACACACAAGAGGCUGUGUUGCUCGAGCGAAUAGGGAAGCACGCGUUGAAAAAAAGAAAAUGCGACAGGAGCUCAAGUUGAACAGGGUGAAAACGCAAUGCCAUAAGCAAGCAGCAGUUGGGGAAAAUGAGGAGACAAGAACGAAUAAACCAGAGAAGCAUGACAAGAAUGGUACCAUGCUAAAAAACAAGCAAGAGCAAACUCCUCUAGAGAAUGAAGGGGAAAAUAGUUUGCCAAAGCCUUUAUACAGAGGGCCGAGCACGUUAGGUGUUUCAAGUAUGCCAUCUCAACACGACAGGCUUCAUCGACCUUUGCCUUACGCAAACGUGAUAAAUGGACAAUGUGGCUCUAAACAACCUUUGAAUGGGCAGCACAGUCAAAGGCAACCUUUGAGUGAUGCCAAUUUGAACACUUUGGGAAACUAUAGUAGCAGUUACAAGCCAGGGAGAAUGUGGCAUGGAAAUAGAAUAAAUCAAAGUAACCAAGCGGGGUCAUACUAUUUCACGCCAGCUCCUCCCCCUCUGCACAGUUGGAAUUUGGGUUAUGAUGGAAAUCCUUAUCCAGCUAGAGGAAGUCAGUCAAUGAAGCAACAGCCGUGUUGGCAUUAUGCUCAAGGAAGAUGCCACUAUGGACACAAUUGCAAGUACUUGCACUGAUAUGAUAGCAAGUACUUGCAAAAUGCACGUUUUGAUGUUUAAAAAUAAAAAUUUCAUUAAUUUGUUUUUUGACUUUUUCGAUUAAUAAAAGUAAAAUGAAUUCUCAAGUAAAGUCUGGUAAUUUGUUUAGGUCACAUGAUUAAAAAUUUGUGUUUCUGUGUUUUUUAGCCUAAAAACUCCAACAGUUGAAAAAUCAAUUUUUUUUAAAAACUUUAUGAAUCUUGAUAUGUAGUAUAUUCUUUUAGUGAGCGUUUUUUUACCUUUUUAUGCAUUAAUAAUCACACGGCUCUCUCUCAUAUUCUUGUCCCAAUCUUAGAGGGAUGAAGAUAAUAAUUAUUGAGAUAGAUAUACAGUUUUUAGUUUUAGAUUUCUAUUUUGAAAUUCAGUUGUUUAAACUUUUGAGCCCAUACAUUUCAGUUCGUUUGAAUGAACCAAGUUCCGACUUAAAACUACAAAAAGUGUAAUUUGAUUUUAGUUUGGUUGGGUUUAUGGAAAUUCGAAUCGGA